GCGCUAGCAAUGCCCUCCUCUUCAGUGAAUAUGCGAGGAAGCACUACAUCGUUGGGAUUCGGGGUCCGGAAGAACAGCAAUGAGAUUGAUAAGGCCGAGUAUUUGGCCGUAAAUGCAGCUCGGCGAGGGGCUUCUCCUGCCGCUGCAAGGCGUCGUGGAUGGAAGUGCGGCAUCACUGCUGUGGCAAAAUUUCGGGAAAGGAGGAUCAAGUUGGAGAGUAACAAUUCUUUCUGGCGGACAAACUUUUCGAGGAACCCUAUCGUCAAGCGGAGGAAUGGAGAACUCGUGAGAUUGCAAGAGACAUUGCUAAGAAGAGGAUGGAAAAAGAUGAACGAUUUUGCUCAAAAGAAAACCGUUAAGGAGGCGAGGUUGCGAUUGGAGAAAGAGAUGGAAAUGGUGCUAGUUGUUGAAAAACUCCAGGAGUUGCGUUCACUUCGCGUCCAGAAACUUAAGAAGCAAGGCCAUCUAUUCCCAGAGGAUGACGAUGCAUUCACGGAGAGCGUGCUUCCUGCAAAUGCCGAAGAGCAAACAACAAGGAAUCCUUCCACGGACGAUGAAAAUACCAUCAAAGAAGCACCACCGUAAUCUAGUAACACGAAAAGAAGUGAGGAACUGGAUCAACGAUUGCCUCCCGACCUCUACCGCUACUAUACUAUGGUAGCAGAAUCGACAUGGGAACGCUGAUAGAGGUUCGAAGAGGCUGGGACACAUACUGCACCGGGUGGGAGCCGAACUCCUGGUCACUGGGUUCAGCCUGUAGCUCCUUCGAGCGAGGCUUGGGCAUCUUUCUUGAUAAACAGAGAGAACGUGCUCUAACUUAAAGCUGGAAUUUUCACCAUCCCCGAUUUUUAUAUCAACGCCAGAAAUGGUGUCUGUACGAAAGGAUGAAUUCCGGGCCCUGAAGAAUAAUCGCGUACAAAACAUGGAGGAGGAAAACAAAGCGAUGCGCAGUUCACGAUAAGCUAGAGAUGGUCGGCAUUGUAAGCGAGGUAAGCGAGAUAUUGAUCCCCAUUCCGACCACCAUGUACGAGGCGAAGCAUGGGUGUUUAUGGUGAUCUGCAAGAGAAGAGGAACAUUUGGUCAACCAAGAGGACAGAAACACAAAGUCAAUCGCUCCAACAGCACGGACCUGCAACUCUAGACAGUGAGAACAUCGAGCGAGUUUCGUGCAUACCAGUGUACAAGCAAGGAUCGAGACGCCCCAGUUGAUUCUCCAUCUGAGCAGCAGCGUGUUAGAGAAUGGAAAUCUAGCGAGCGAGCGAGCGAACUCCACAAAGCACCCCAUGGCAACGCCGAGAAAUCCGUGCAUCAACUAGACGAAGAAUUCCAAACGUUUGUGAGAUAUCUAAAUCUGUGUGAGGAAACACCUACGACGUAAGAAAGAGCCUUGAGACCAGCAAUGACGUGAAGAAGCAAGGCUGUGAUCGCCUAGAGAACAAAUGUUUUUCGAAUACAGCAAAGAUGAAAACAUUCAUUGUUUUGCGACCA